CACAAUCAUGGCAAAAAUAAUUUGUGUAAGAAAGUGGCUGAGCGUGUUUCUGGUGUUGUGCAUUACAAAUACAGAAAGGACUUCGGCCAGUUACAGUUAUAACAGGGAAUCCUUAGAAGAUAGUUCGAUGACUAGCGAUGAACCGCUAUACGAGACCCUGUACACAUUACCGCCUCGCGGUAAGAAGUACACCGAGAUACCAGGUGGUGUGCUCAUCGGCGGGAGCACGACCAGGGUCCUGGACAAAGCCGGCAGCCCCUACUUGGUCCUGGACGAUUGGAUUGUGGAGAGAGGAGCCGAACUCAGGAUAGAAGCCGGAGUCGAAGUCAAAUUCAAGCCUACGAUUGGACUGACGAUAAGAGGACGAUUGUUGGCGAUUGGAAACGAUAGAGAACGCAUAGUUUUGACCAGCGAGGAAGCAGGAUCAGGAGUGAUCGACAGAAAAGUGAGGCUGGUGGAUGGACCAUCGCCGACAACUGAGCUACAAAUUCUGCAUCUCGGAAACUGGAGAUCUGUAUGUAGCAAUUCAAGAAAUUGGACGCUGUCAGAUUUCGGUACGGUAUGCCGCGAGCUCGGUUACCGCGGCGGUCGCUUUUACCGCUGGAUGGAGGGUGAACGCCGUGGUACAGGCCACGACCGUCGACCGGCGCGGCUGCUGCUCGAAACCCCUUCCUGCUCCGGCAGUGAAAACUCGUUGCAAGACUGCCGCAGAUGGAGGGACAGGCAACUGGGCGCCGGUGUAUGUGAUUUUCAUGGAGACGUCGGCGUGCAAUGUGAACAGAGGCAUGCAUUGGACCAGGCGUCAAAGAUUACGAACAAUUGGCGAGGUUUACGAUUUGAGUAUGCCGAUAGCGAACGUCGUCUUACCCAAGAAAACACUCUCUACAUCAAAUCAUCUCGAUCAGUCUUCUGAAUUGUGGACAUCCUGCACGUGGACGGGCAGAAGCAGCAACACUACUGCGGGCCUUAGUGUUCGGGGUCGCUCCAAAAUAUGCAAAAUUUACGAAUCACAAAUUCGGCAUUACCAUGGAGCAGAAAUAUUGAAUACUGAUGCACCAGUGUUUUAUCGAAUUGAACGGAAGGGAAUGCUGGUUAUGGGAUCGUUGUUAACUCAACUUAUGGACAGGUGCUUCUAGAGAACUGUACUGUCGAUGGAAAUGGUGCAGAUGGCAUACGCCACAUUGUUCAUUACACUGAUCCCCGAGAAUCACGCAGAGAUCGCACUGACGUCCACGAGUUCUGCAUGCCCACCACUGUCAGUCAAACUUAUCCUGUUCGAAUAUCUGUAGAACAGUCAAAAUAUUCCAAUACUGAAAGAGACUGCGGAAAAUACUUCACCACUCGCAAUGGUUACGUACUGACACUUAAUUUUGUGUUUUUCACAACUGAUAAAAACGAUACAGCCACUUUAGAAGUUUUUGAUGGAACUUCAAGACAUGACAAGCGAUUGGCCACACUCCUCAUAAGAAACAACACCAGAGCACAGAGUGUUACAUCGACAAGAAAUAAAAUUUACGUGCGGUUUAAAGCUGAAACUAGAGUUGAAUUGUUAGGUUUCCUACAUCUAACAGCUGGUAAGCAAAAAUCAUAUGACUUAAACAUCACAAGAAGCAAUAUCGCUGAUAAUAAUGGAAAAGGCAUCACAGUAGAAAAUCUUAGAUCUAUGGUGCAUAUACACCAGAGUUCUAUAUCCAACAAUGGUUAUAUAGCUGGAUUACACGUAAAUCAAGGUGUUGGUGAUGUUAAUGUUACAGACAGUCGAAUAAGUUUCAACAGAGGCGACGGUAUAAAUAUAACUUACACUGGAGGUAACACAAAUGUAUCACGCAGUUCUUUGAGUUCAAAUACACGUAGAGGUUUAGCAAUUUGGAUAAAUGAUACCACAGAAACUGAAUAUAUGAAUUUUAAUCAAACUACUGUACUAGAAUAUAGUGAAGUUUUUAGAAACUUAGAGGAAGGUAUUCUUCAUGGUAAUUUUUGCGGUCAAGGUUGGAUUAAUAUAACCGGCAAUUGGUUUAACGAAAGUAUGGAUACCGCAGUAGAUUUAGGUACUUGUUGGCGAGAUAACCAGCAAGGUAAGAAAUUAAAUCUACAAAUUGGACACAAUGUUUUUGAAAGAAAUAGAAAAAUUAGUAUCAGAAUAUAUCCUGCUCUGAACAUAGAAGGGAAAAUAGAAUAUAAUCAUAUUAGACACGGCGAAUAUGGAGGAAUAUUAAUAAAAAACCAGCCGUUAGAAGAAUUUGAAGUUCUUCCUUCUAGAAUUGUUUUACAAAAUAAUGAAUUAUAUAAUAAUAAAGGUGUUUUUGUAGUUAAUUUGGGUACUUCACCUUAUAGCCUUGUGCAGUCAAUAUUAUUUACAAGAAAUUUUGUCACUGAAAAUUCUAUCAAUGAACCUUUUAUAAACGAAGACGGCGCAAGUUUCAGUUUGUUGCCUAGAAGUCGAGUUGCCGCGGCUGUAGUUGUAUCAUCUGAAACUGUUGAUAUCUAUAGAAAUAUUAUUGACAAUCCAAAUUCUAAAUAUGAGAUUGGUUCUCAUUUGGAAGAUCAGAGUAAGACAAUAAACUGUACCUUCAAUUGGUUAGGUAAGCGUGAUGAAGAACAACUAUUUAAUAGAUUAUUUCACAGAAAGGAUAGAUACAAUCUUGCUAAAAUUAUUUACUUACCUUAUCUGCUACAUAAUAGUAAUCCAGGUGCGAAUACCGUUGUGGCACAUCCCACAUUUGUCCCACAAUUCAACGUACCGGGAACAUAUAUAGUCGGUGGCGAGGUAGAUGGUCAAGAAAAUCUUAAACCCGGCGAAUAUUUUGUAGAUAAAGAUAUUAAUAUAAGACCAGGCGGUAAGUUAACCUUGCAAUCUGGUGUGACUUUGAAGUUUCCGCCAUCAAUUGGAAUGAUGGUUGCUGGAAGAUUAGAAGCUAGAGGCAGAAAUAUAAAUGCUAUCAUAAUGACAUUGAAGCAGCAAACAGUUAUGGAACCUGAAGUGGAAAAUAUGGAAAUGGAUACAGAAAGAUAUGAUACAGAAACUCAAAUAAUUGAAGUAGAAUCCAAAAUUCCUAUUCGAUUACUAGGUGGAAUGACUAAUAAUGAAGGAAGAUUACAAGUAAAAAUUGAUAAUAAGUGGGGAACUGUUUGUAAUUAUGGAUGGUCGAUACGGAAUGCGGCUUUAGUUUGUCAUCAACUAGGUUUAGUUUUAAAUCCCAAUGAUUGGAAUCUUGAACGAAAUCAAAUUCCGAAUGCUGGUACGAGUGAGCCAAUUAUCAUGGCAAAUGUACGUUGCACAGAGUUUGAUACCGAUAUCACGAAAUGUCGAUCAGAAAAAGCAAAUGAUUUUGAGAAUUCAUGUACCCACGAACAUGAUGUUGGAGUACGUUGUUACCAAAGUAAUUGGGCUGGAUUAAGAUUGGGAGUUCGCGCCGAUUUGCAAUAUAACAUUGAGAAAGCUGGAUUGCUAGAUUAUGCAACAAAUUCUUUUCAACCAGCGUUGCAGAUAGAUUUUGCUCGACAUAGUUUGGAAAGCAUCAGAGUCAUAGAUAAUAUUCAAGAUGGAUUAGGAAUAAUUUAUUCAGACAUAUAUAGUGCUGAUGCAGUAAAUACGGUUAGAAACUCGGAGUUUUUAAACAAUCGAGGCAGCGGCAUUCAUGCGUGAAAACAACUUGGUUUAAAAGUUCAGGGAGCAGUUAUCGAAAAUAUAGUAGCGGGCAUAAAACAUGACCCGGUAAUAUCUGGAUUACAACAAAAAGAACUAGCUGGCUGGUUUAAUAUGGCUCCAGAUUUUAAUGUAUUAGAAUCUAAUUAUCAUCCUAUUACGAUACCUGAAUAUGAACCUGCAACAAUAGAUUUAGAAACCGGUAAAACGAUAUAUCUUCUGACAUCUAAGCAUGUACGCCAAGAAAAUAUUCACAAAUUUUUCGACGUUAAAUGCCAGCCAGGUUAUGUUAUUGGUAUACAAUUAUUGAAUCCUGUUUCUAAUAGAUCCAGUGAACGUAUUUGGAUACAUGAUUCUCAGAAUGUUAAUUCUCUAAAUGAGAAAUGGCUUUUGAAUCGAGAUUUAUCUGUUUUUCCGGUUGCUAGUAGUAGUUUUGGCGUUGUACUAGAAUAUACAAGUGGAAAUAAUGCGUUAGGAGGUGUUGUGCUGGUUUUGAGCACUAUUCCUGCACCAAGGCAAACCAUAGUAAACAAAAUUGUCAGAGGUCCUGUGCCAACAUUAACUAUUAUGAAUUCUCGUAUUCGACGAAACGUAAAAGGAAUGCAGUCGUGGUAUUAUAAUCGAUAUCUUAAUGAACUAGGUGAUCAUUACUUACGGAAAGCAAAUGAAAGUAUUAAGAUUGUUAACUGUGAGAUUGCACAUAAUUUAGAAGAAGCAUUUGACAUAUAUUCUCCUUUCUGGGAUGUGCACGAGAGCAAUAUCUCCGAAGUAUCAAUCAGUAUUAAUAAUUCUCUAAUUACUGAUAACGGAAGAGGUAUUGUACAGUUUUCACGUGAUAUGAGAAAUUCUAACAACUUAUUCCAUUACAUACUCCAGGACAAUUCAAUCGAAAGAAAUUCAGCCGGUGGCUUUGAAAUAAGCCUUCCUUACGUUUGGAAUUACAAUGAAAAUUUCACUCAUUCAGUUUACGUAAAUAAUAACACAUGGAGAGGUAAUAAACAAUUUAAUUUCGUUAUUGAUGGUCAUUAUUCAGCAGUUAAUUUGAGCAGAAAUUCUUUCACUGAUAACCUAUGUAAAACAGGCUUGAUUUCUAUUCGAGGUAUGGAAAAGCAAAUGAAAAUUGAUGGAAACAUCAUACAUCGUAACAAUGGUAAAUAUAUGGUUGAAUUUAGAGCUGAUAGUCAAAGUGAAAUAUUAGGAGAAGUAAAAGCGAUUUUUGCUUAUAAUGAAAUUAGAUCUAACAGAUUCGUAAAGUUUUCUAAAAGCGAUCUGCAUCAGCUAUAUCGUGACCCAACAUGUGUGAUUGGAUUUAAUGGUGUACAAAAAGUGCGAGUAAACCGAAAUUUAAUAUCGGAUAAUGUUUUAGACUAUGAUCUAUUAGCAGGUGUUAAAACAGCAAAAAUUAAUAAUAAUUUAGACGUUCGUGAAAAUUGGUGGGGUUCUAAUAAUGCUAGUUUUAUCAAAAAGCGUAUAUUUGAUUUUGACGAUUGGAACAAUCAUGCCGUUGCUCAUUAUCGUCCUUACCUAAUUGAAGAUAGUUUUGACGCUAGUGUUUCUGUCAGUUUUGAUGAAGUAUCACCCGUGGACCUUGAUAACCUAGGAGGACGACUUUUGCAAAAUUUGAUAUUAUAUCGACGGGAAGCACCGUAUGUUCUUCAAUCCGAUUUGACUGUGAUGCCAGAUGUGACACUUACAAUUAAUGCUGGCGUAGAAAUGGAAUUCGCACCCAAUGUUGGCAUCUUGGUUUUAGGAACAUUAGUUGCGCAAGGUUUCAGAGGCUCAGAAAUAGUGAUGAGACCAAUGACGUUAAAUUUAGAUGUCGAUGUAUUUAAAACAUCAGAAAUAGACAAGAGCCAGAAAAUGUCUGAUGAAAAUUCGUUUAAAAACCGAAGAUCUUUAGAAAGUCUUCUAAUGCACGAUACGAUUAGACUAUGCAGUGCUGGAAAUUGUUCAGAUGCUGAAGAACAUAGUGAUACAGCGCAAGGUUUUCUGGAAUAUUACAAUAGAACUACCUUGCAAUGGGUUCCUAUGUGCGAUGACAGAUUUACCGAAAGGAAUGCUCAAGUAGUAUGCAGAGAGCUUGGUUUUGACCCAAUAAACGUGUUUUACCAGCGAGACAGACGAAUAGAGUACCAUUCAAAUUCACUUAGUAGAAUUUGGUCUUGGCCGGAGCCUUUGCAAUGUAAAGGAACUGAGGCGCGAUAUGAUGAUUGUCCCAUUCGUCUCAACGGGCAGCUGUAUGGUCAUCUUCAUACUUGUUCUUGGGAUUCAGAAUUUGUUUUCAUCAGUUGUGGAAGAAGAAAUCUGGAGCUGCCUUCUGAUUAUUGGGGUGGUAUUAGAUUUGCCCAUCCAGAAUUUGAACAUCGAUUGUAUGAACACAGAGUUCAUGAUGUGAGAACUCAUGGCGUCGUUAGAGCAGCAGAAAGCGUUAUGGAAUUCGUUAAAAUUAUAGGUGCAGGAGUAUUACACAAUGAGAAAAGUCCAGCAGUUCAAUCGAUUGUGAGAAGUCCAGCACUUGGUUUUGUCGAUAUUCAGAAAAGUGCACAUCAUGGUCUUAAUUUAGUAUCACCAAGUGCAUCUAUGGAUGUUCGAUUUUUAAAUGUUGACGAAACUCUUGGCGAUGGAAUCAAUGUGGUUUCCCUGACUGGCGAAGGUCGAGAAAGUGACGAAUCAUCAUUCACACCUUUGAAAGAUCUGAAUCUUCCGUAUUCUCUGUUCUCUCUAAUAGACAUAUGUGAUACAUCCAAAGAAAUCAUAGUUGAAGAGCGUGUUCUCUUAUAUUAUAAAUACGACAACUCUCCAGAAUGCGUAAAAAUCUUUAGAAGUGCCUAUGGAAUCAAACCCUUUGGAUUUAGGUUGCUCCAAUUUAAUCUAUUCAAUCGAACCACUGCUCAAGAAUAUGGACAACCUGAUGAAAUUACUUUGUACGAUGGUGAUGUUUAUAAUGUGUCAGCACCUAUAUUAGGAAAAAUCCAAGCAAAUGCUAAAGGUGCAGAGAGAAAGUUUUAUAAAAGCACAUGGCAAGGAUUGAGUGUCAGGUUGUUUGCGAGCGGAGCCAGUGGGACAUAUGGUUUUAUAGCAGAAAUUAUUACUUUGCCGAUUUCAGCAAUUGGAUUUAAUCGCGAUGCACAGCACAACCUGACGUAUUCCACACUAUCAAACUGUUUGACUGGUGCGUUGUCUUACUCGACCGUCGGCGAGGUGUCGCCCACGCUUAGCCUGGAUAAAAACCAAAUCCUGGACAACUGCGUUCAACUUUAUGGAAACUUCUCAACCUGCAAGGCGGCUAUGAAGAUCGAUGUCCAAAAUAUGCAGAACAUGUAUUUCAGGAAUAACUUAGUACGUGGAAAUCAAGGAGGUCUAUGGUUGCGGGCGGACUCCCGCGGUUCCGCCACUUCUCUACGCGGUUGGCUUCAUAACAAUCUAUUCACGGAGAAUUAUAAUCUGCCAGCUCUAUACAUUGAAGGUCGUCAAUCAUCACCAUACCAAGAAGUCACUAUAUACAAAAACUAUUUUUCAAGAAAUGUCUUGCAAUAUCAUGAUGUUAUAGUUUUGAAGCAAGUUGUUUCAAAUUUUUCUUACAACUACGUUAAUAGCAACAGUGGGGCUAGAAUAAUGGAAAUUUCAGGAUUUGAAAAAGUUCGACUACCAAUUUAUCAGACUACAAUGCAUAACGGUUUUAUAAGUAAUAACUACGCCGUAGACCCGUUGGGAAGAGCUACGAUCGUAGCAGGCACUGCCGGGCAGCAGUAUGUGGAUAACAUCUUUUUCAACCCGGACAAUGAUUAUGAAAUGAUUACUGUCAACAGAUCUAUGUGA